UCGCACACUCGAGGCGCACACGGGGCCAGUCCAAGUGCAGCCUCGCUCAGCGUGGGAGCAGCCGAUCGUCCCUGCCCGCCCGACUCGUUCCAUCUCCACGACCUUCCCAGGUGCACGCAGAGGCUGGCGGGAUGGGCUGGUGCCGGUUGGUGAGCACUGCCGCGCUGCUGGUGCACGUGGCCAGUCCGCAGAGCAGCUUGGCAUACGGCACCAACGUGCAGCGUCUAUCCCGGGCGCACUUUGAGUUCACCCUGGACCUUUACCGGCACCUGAUGGAGGCGCCCGGCGGUCGGGACAACGUCCUCUUCUCGCCUUACUCCAUCUACAACGUCUUGUCCAUGCUGUUCCUCGGCGCCGGGGCCAGCUCCGACACGUCCAGGCAGCUCCGCCAGGCGCUGCACUACACCAACAUGAGCUACGCCGAGGUCCACAACGCUUUCAAGCUCGUCCUCGAAAAUUUCCAGGACUCGUAUUACAACGACACGGUGCAAGUGGCGAACGGCGUGUUCCGGCAGCAGGGUGUCGGCGUGUCGUCCUACUACGAACGGGCCCUCGAGGAGUUUUACAAGACGCGCAUGGACGAGCUGGACUUCGCGGGUGACCAGGAGUCGACGCGGACGUUCAUCAACGACUGGGUGUCGCAGCGCACGGGCCACCGCAUCCAGCAGCUGCUGACCAAGCCGCCGGCCGCCGACACGCAGCUCGUGCUCGUCAACGCGCUCUCCAUGCGCGCCCGCUGGCUCUUCAGCUUCGACGAGGCGCACACCUUCGCCAAGGGACUUUUCUACAUCAACUCGCAGAGAAGAUUUGAAAUCCCGAUGAUGAUCGGCAAAUUCAAGCUUCCGCUAGGCUACAGUCAAGACCUGGAAUGCAGAGUGCUGGAGAUUCCGUUCAAGGAGCGACGCAUCAGUCUCUUCAUCCUGCUUCCGGAUGACCUGGACAGAGGGCUGGCCCGCCUCGAGGAGCACAUGUCUUCAGACACCAUCAAAGCGCUCUUCUCCACGCUCAAAGACGAGAUGGUGAACAUCCGGCUUCCUCGCUUCCGGGUGUCCCAGAGCGCCAACUUAGUGGAGGCGUUGGUGCGAAUGGGCGUCGCAGACAUCUUCUCCGCGUCCAAGGCUGACUUUUCCGGCAUGUCUGACGACCGCAGCAUUCACAUCAGCGACAUUGCCCACAAGACAAUUUUGGAAAUCCGCGAGAGUGGGGCGGACGCAGCUUCGGCGACAGCGACCGGGCUGGAGCGGAUAGGCUCGUUCGGUGACAAGUACUUUGAAGUGGACCACCCGUUUCUCUUCUUCAUCUGGGACUACCGCAGUGGAAUCGUACUCUUCAUGGGCAGAGUGGCCGACCCCACGCCCAUCACCGAGUGAUCGUUUCUCAGCAGAAACCAAGAGAAUCUUGCAUUUGUCCUUUCAUGCGGUCGUCGUGGCGGAGUAAAAUUUUUCGGACUCGCGGAGGCAUAUAAAGCGAAAUGGGGGUUUUGGAUCUUAUUUGUAUUAAUCACAGUGCCAAUGUACAUAUACAAAUUUUCGAAUCAGUGUUUUUGCCGAUCGGAGAGGAGCAUCAUGGAAAAUUCACUGUUGGUAAAACACAUACACUAAUUUAAUUUAAAAAAAAAACGUAAAUGUUGUUUUCUUUGAAAUUCUUAAAAUUAUAGAUCUCAUAGAGUUUAUCGUGUGCAUGCAAUGGUCACAUUCCAAUUCUGCCGGUUAUACUCGUUUGAAUAACUUUUAUAAAAAAUAAAAAUACAACAAAAUUACAUGUUAGUUCACUAACCUUCGUUAAUUAUUACGGAUGAUGUUAACUUCUUUUUAUGAUUAGAAUUUUUGGAUCAUUGACCCAAUGGGCCCGAGAACUCUUAUGUAAAUUAUUUUUGAAUUAAAACUUCUAUAGCA